AUGUUACCUUAUAAGUUUGGUAUUAGUAGUGCUAUACUUGCUUUCAUUUUAGCUUCUGUUGCUAAAACUAUAACAGCUAAGGAUUUUUCUGAAAUUUUUAACUUUAGCUUGUUUACUAAUUUCUUUGGCAUUAUACCAAUAGUAGCAUCAAAGUCUAGUAUUAUAACUACUAGUUUUUCUUUAUUCUUAUAUAGUAAUAAAUAG